GGCGACGGAAGUGAAAGAAGACAGAAUGUGAGAAUUCCAUUUGAACGAAGAUAUAAGUUGUUGUUAUUUAUUGGCUUCGUGUUACAAGUGAUAAUUUUUUAAAUACUACCUGCCACCAACGAUGUUAGACGCAUUAAUGACGUGUUUAAGCGGUGGAUUGUAAUUUGAGCAGUCUGUGUAAUCCCAGACCAACAAGUUGACGGCGCUUGCGGCACCAUGGCCUAUCUCCUGGGUCGCCAGGAUGUCAUGGAAAGUCUGCAGUCUGACGUCCAGGAUCUCCAGUGGACCAUCACGCAGAUCUCCUCGCGGGUGGGGCCUGUUGCCGCUCAGUCGUGGAAAUUUCCGGACAAAAUGGCCGGUGACCUUGACAUUGAGGAUUUGCUGGACCUGUACGAUUGCUCCGGGGAGUCGGAGGAGGCCGAAGACAGACAGGUGGCUCAUAUAGCUCUCUACGAGCUUCUCAUAGACAGGUUGCUGUUUUGCAUCCAGGCCCUGUCCAAGUUCUCCGUUUCUCACCUGGGCAGCCACGUGUCGAACGGUCAAGCAGACACCGCUGGUGUGGAGAGUAUGGCCGGGUCAGUCGGGCUAGUGGUCAAGGAACACUGGACACACAUGAGCAGUCUGCAAACGCUCUACCAUCAGCUGCAGUCAGAGAACUGGUCAAAGAACAACAAACUUCUGGAGUACGAAAAAGCGCUGGGCAGAUCUCCCCCCGUGGCUGGUCAUACCGCGACCGCCGACCCUUCUAGCCUGAGGGCUCCAGGAGAAUACAGCGUGAUCGACACCCCGGGAACUCUGGGCCUCAUCCCCCCAAACACUUCCGACAAAAUCCUCAUGGGUUUAUCUUCUCACAACGGGGAGCUUUGCAUCUCAAAAGACGGCUACUCCAAGUCUACGCAGACGUACGAGACAGCGUUUGUUCCGUGCGAGUCGUGCGACGUGGUGCAGAAACGGAUGAGGGAGUCGGGCGACGUGGUCAUCAAAGUGUGUAGCGACCAGGGACUGCCGUGCUCGUUGAAAAAGUUCAAAGGGAAAGUGCGGCACGUCGAGCUUCUGCCAUACGGCGACGUGUGUCACUGGAUGGUGGAACAGAACAAGGACGUGGCACGCAUCGGCAAACAGAUCGAAAUUCUUCAAGAGACCAUCAACCCCCUCAAGACGGACUUGAAAGGCUGCGAGAAACGCACGCGGGUGGCGGAGGAAAAAGCCCAGAGUUGUGAGAAGACGAUGAAGGAAGAGAAGGAGAUUCAGUCCGUGCUACGCAGGCAGCUGGAAAGCAAGAUGUUGGAGCAGGAGAAGAGACUGCAGGAGGAGAUGUGGGAGGAGCAGCGUCAGAAACAACUCCUGCAGCACACACUGGAGAAACAGGAGAAGGAUUUACACAGUGUGAAGACACAGCUGCAGGAGAGGGAGAAAGUCUUGGAAGACAUCGAGACGGAGCACACAAGACUGGAGAAAGAGCUGGCCCAGAAGUCCAAGGAGGUGAAGAGAGGUGUCCAGCUGUCGGAGGAAGUGGACCGCCUGAGAUGUCAGCUCAGCGAAGUGACCACGCAGCUGGACAGUGCCAACAAGACCCUGACCAGGGAGCAAGGCAAAGCCAAAAGUGUCCGCAGACACAAUGAGAUUAUCAUGAAAAACCUGCAGAAAGAGAAAGAAACGUUGGAGGAGUCGAUCAAAGAGACGGGGAAGUCUCUCGCUGACAUGGAGCAGCAGUUGCGCGAAGCGGCGGACCGAGAGAGGAUGAUCAUCGAGUACCCGGACCUCAACGGUCCUGUCAACUCCGACCUACAAGGGUCUGGCGAUAUUGUGCAAGACAUGAAGAACCAGGUGAAAGCGAACCAGAUCCGAAUUGGCGUCCUCGCUGACCAGAACAACGGCCUCAAUGAGUCCAUUCAGAAGAUUGCCUGCCUGCAAGGAACAUCUGGAUACCACAGUCGGCCGGUGCACACAGCCGUGGAGCCGAUCCCUCUGUGGCGACAACCCUCCAGAGAGGCCGCGGCUCAAGGUCACAGGGAACACAGCCCUCCGCCGUACAAUGCUCAGAA